UGAAAGACUCCAUGCCCCAUGUGACGUCUGCACUGAGUUGUUUGAGCCUGUCACGGAUUUGUUCAUCGUACCGCGUGUUCGGUUUGUUUUGUAAAUUCGAUUCGAACGCUUGUCUCGAUGGCGUCCAAGUGGCACGGUAACGACCCGGAACCACCAACCCUGUACAUUUAGUCGGAUGCAUCACAGUCGCUUGGGUGCGGCUGACACACGUGACGCCUGACGGGAGGAUUGGAAAAAACAAAAAGCAGUCGAGCCCACUCAGUGGAUACGUUUGUGUGGCACGGUGGAGCCAUGAAGCUGGAGACGAGGAAAAGCUGCCUGGCCACGGUUCACGCAGCUGGCAAGUGCACCCAGGAGCCUGUCAACAAUGGCAUGGGCGAGCCCGGCUUCCCUGAUCUGAGUACAACGCUUAAAGCCAAAGUCACCAAGCAGAGCUCCAGGGAGAGCCUGCAGCAGAAAAACACAGAGUGCGAAGUGUAUGACGACGGGACCAACACGUUUUUCUGGCGGGCCCACACCGUCACUGUUUUGUUCAUCCUGACAUGCGCUCUGGUAUAUGUCACGCUGCUGGAGGAGACACCGCAGGACACGGCCUUCAACACAAAGAGGGGGAUUGUGGCAAGCAUCCUGGUGUUCCUUUGUUUUGGGGUCACACAAGCAAAAGAUGGACCCUUCACUCGACCACAUCCAGCGUAUUGGCGCUUCUGGCUCUGUGUGACUGUCGUCUAUGAGCUCUUCCUCAUCUUCAUACUCUUUCAGACUGUGCAUGACGGGAGACAGUUCAUGAAGUACAUCGACCCCAAACUGGGGGUGCCCCUCCCCGAACGAGACUAUGGCGGAAACUGCCUCCUCUACGAUCCCGGCAAUGCCACCGAUCCCUUCCACAAUGUUUGGGACAAGAUGGACGGCUUUGUUCCAGCUCACUUCCUGGGGUGGUAUAUAAAGACUCUGAUGAUUCGGGACUGGUGGAUGUGUAUGAUCAUCAGCGUCAUGUUUGAGUUCCUGGAGUACAGUCUGGAGCACCAGCUGCCCAACUUUUCCGAAUGCUGGUGGGACCACUGGAUCAUGGAUGUGUUGCUGUGCAAUGGUCUGGGCAUCUACUGUGGCAUGAAGACGCUGGCGUGGCUGUCCAUGAAGCCGUAUCAGUGGCAGGGUCUGUGGAACAUUCCCACUUACAAGGGCAAGAUAAAGCGAAUCGCCUUCCAGUUCACGCCAUACAGCUGGGUGAAGUUUGAGUGGAAACCCGCGUCCAACCUUCGCCGCUGGCUCGCCGUGUUAGGGAUCAUAUUCAUGUUCCUGCUGGCUGAGUUGAACACCUUCUACCUGAAGUUUGUGCUCUGGAUGCCGCCGGAACAUUACCUGGUGCUGCUGCGACUGGUGUUUUUUGUCAACGUGGGGGGCGUGGCCAUGAGGGAGAUCUACGACUUCAUGGACGACCCGAAAUUCCACAAGAAGCUCGGCCAACAGGCGUGGCUGGUGGCGGCCAUCACCGUGACAGAGUUCCUCAUCGUGCUCAAGUACGACCCCAACACCAUCAUGCUGCCGAUUCCCUUCUUCAUCACGCAGUGCUGGUUACUGGGCAUCCUCAUCAUCCUCAUUUGGACUCUGUGGCGCUUCUUCAUCCGUGACAUCACCCUCCGCUACAAGGAGACGCGGCGCCGCAAGCAGGAGGACCCCACCGACCGGGAGCGACCCCUGGGCAACGGCGCCCCUUCGGGCCGCAGCAAACUCAACGACAGCUCUGACGUCCUGCGCCACAGGAAGUGCCUGAGUGAGGGCGAGAGAAGACGAAAUCAACUGUGACACGAAGACUGACGCGGCUGCCUUUUCCGUGGGAAAAGCGUAGUGGCCAUUUCGAUUGGAGGCUAGGGUUUUUUGUUGUAUUUUAAGCCCAUUGCUGAGUCAUACGUGGAACUUUCGUUAUUUAUACGCAACAUUUUGGGACGUUGACUUGAUGAAGAUGGAGGAAAAAGAGACCAAACAUUAGACGGUCACCAGGUCCCACAAUGCAUCACUCCGAACCACAGUGCUACAAACCGUGCUAAGCGCUAUCAAUGGAACUAAACGGACCGCGAAUGAAAGUCAGGAACGCACACGUGUCGUGUCUAGAACAUGUUUGUGUCCAUCACUAUGCUUUUACAUUGGCGUCCGUAUAAACACACCCAACAUUUUUGGAGCCAGGGCACAUAUAUUGUGUUCUCUAACACGGAGCUGAAUGGAGAGACUGAAAGAGUCACAGGAAUAAAAGUGGACAUCCUGGGAAAUUACAAAAAAAAUAAAGCACCCGUUUAUGAAUUUUGUACGGAAAAAAAGAAAAAAAAUCUAAAUCCAAAUAUCCCCCACCUUUUUGUAAAUGGUGCAUUUGAGCCACAAGAGCGGCCUGACAAAAUUUUGACCCCCCCCCCCAAAGUUAAGUGCAGAAAUGAAUUGAGAAAAGGCAUCUUUCAGAUGAAUACUGGUCUCAAUCUAGGUUUAGUUCCACUUUUAACAUGUAGACACUCCGUUAUUGCACUCAUCAGAGUGCAAUAACGGAGUGUCUACAUGUCUUUAUUUUCGCUUGGGUGUCAGUGAAUCGACACAUUAGUAGUAAGUGAAUGUUAUUUCUCGUCUCAUUAAAUAUUGAUAGAUUUGGCGGAUGUUUGUACUUGGACCACUGUUACGCUAAAUAACAGCUGUCGGGUGGAGCCCACAAAACUUAAAAAUCACUCUUUCAAAAUGACAAAAAAAUGGUAAAACCACUAGUUCUCAGUGGCUCAUUUUAAACUAGGAAAAAAAACUUGCGACAGGAGUUAACCCACUGUAGUCCUCAGUGGGCUCACGUUACAUUAGAGAAAUCUUGCGACAGGAGUUAACCCACUGCAGUCCUCAGUGGGCUCAAGUACCAUUAGAAAAAUCUUGACGGGAGUUAACACACUGUAGUCCUCAGUGGGCUCCCGUUACAUUCGAAAAAUCUUGCAACAGGAGUUAAACCAGUAUAGUCCUUAGUGGCUCUGUUUCACUAGAAAAAAAUCUUGUGACAGGAGUUAGCUCACUAUAGUUCUUUAUUGCUCAUUUUUCAUUAAUAGACUCAAGGCGGGCGUAAGACCACUAUUUCUCACCAGCUCAUAAAACUAAGAAAACAAAUUAUGACAGAAGUUAGCCCAUUCAAGUUCUAAGUGGCUCGUUUUACAUUCGGAAAAUUUCAUAAAAAGUAUAUCCACUGAAACAAUGAUGGUCUCGUCUCAAUUUACUUCUGCAUUGUGUGCAUGCCCUUCUGUUAUAUGAACGGCAAUGGAUGCAUACAGUUUGUGUACCUUCUCCCCCCGCGUGGAAGAGUUUUUGUUCUGCCUCUGACUGGCAUGCAUAGGUGAACAAAACAUUAUUUGUAGUUCUAAAAUGAAAAAAGAUUUUUGGACCCAUUAUGUGAAAUUUGAUUAUAUUCUGUGACGUCAUAAUGUUGGGAAUCACUGGUAUAAAGUAACACUCCAACUCGGUUCACAACACUCAAAAAUCAUUCAAUCCCAUUUCAGGUUCUUCAUCCAAAACUCGUCAGGCUGGACUAAAACAAGAAAAAAGUUAAGUUUAAAAAAAUAAGAGUGUAUUCUCAGCAGUAACUACUGAUAUUCUUAAAUGUAAGGCUAGUUUGUAUUGUAUCUUUUAGGGCCAAUAUAAAUUUCCAACACUAGAUUGUAUCGUGUUAAGUAUCAUCGUGACAAUCACACUCUGUUCAGCAGUUGUGGAAGCUUGCUUUAAACUUAAAACAAAAACAAAGAAAUUAGAUUUUUUUUUUAAUUCUUAUUUAUUAUGAACUUUUUCCAUCAGGGGUUGUUUCAAUUUUCUAAAGGUUUCUGAGGGCCAUGCUAAGUUGAUAAAGAAAUGGAAAUGCUCCUUAUUAUAAAUUAGGAGCAUUAGGGGAGGCUUUUGCUUUUCUAACAGGUGUCCUGAGGUUUUCUUUGUUGCCGAGUUUAAUGUUAGGCAGGGUGGAAUGUGCUUCUCAAGUGCUCAACUUGAUCACAAAGGUGUCCUGUUACUUGAAUGAACAAUUCAUGUCUGUUCUGUUUAAAGACCAAAAGCUUGGAGAUAUUUUGUUGCUGAAGCCAUAAAACACAUUUAGACUUUUAAAACACAAAAUCAUUUUUGCACCUUAUUUAACUCAUUUUUAUUUGUGAUUACAUUCCAUAGUUGUCUUAGUUCUACGUGGUUGUUUUUUUUCCCCACACAACCACAGAAAUUGCAAUACGUUUUUUUUUUAAAUAAAUUAUUCAUUUCAGUACUCUGUUCAGUUGUUAGUUUGGAUUUAUUUAAGACAUAAAAGUUGUGUAAAAAACUAAUAAUAAUAAUAAUCCAUAUAUAAAAACCCAAACAAGUUAAAAGUUAUUUCUGCUUUGGUUUGUCUCCAUUUGUAUCCUGGUCCAAGGUCGUAAAUAACCUGAGAUGCUGCUGUAGCAGAAAAUUGUUUUCUAUAUAAAAAGAAAUAUAUACCACCUCAUAGCUGGACAACUAUUUUAUUUUGUAUGUCAAUAAAAGCAAUACCUUGAUGACA